ACGCCACCGGUGAUGUUCAUUCAAGAAAGCCACAUGUCAUCCAACUUGUUACUUUUCGUCCUGAUCAGUAUCAACUUCUCGUGUUUGAUAUUGAGUUUGGAGAUAACUCAUGAAAGCCACCGAGGGGGCAUCAUUUCCACACAAACAAAGGAAAUAACUGCCAGACCUGUUCAAACCUGUCCAGUCUUCUUGAUCCCUUUUCCGAAAGGCAAAUCAAGAUCCAUUCCACAGAUCCAACACAGGUUUGAUCGUGAAACCCAAUCUGAUCGAUGUGAGAGAACAAAAAGGCAACGAGCGGUGAGAAACGCAUUCCAACAUAGCUGGAACGGGUACAAAACCUAUGCCUGGCUGCGAGAUGAAUUAAGGCCGAUCAGUGGUGGCUAUAAAAGCUCCCUUGGGGGGUGGGCGGCAACUUUGAUUGACUCCUUGGAUACGCUACUCAUAAUGGGUUUGGAUGAAGAAUUUGAAGCCGCACUUGAGGCCGUCCAUUAUGUCGAUUUUUCCACUCCUAAGAUAGCCACUGUUCAUGUUUUCGAGACAACAAUCCGACAUCUGGGAGGCUUGAUCAGUGCGUAUGACUUGACCGAAGGAAAACGUCCUAUUCUCUUUGAGAAAGCCCAGGAAUUGGGCGAAUUCUUGUAUGGGGCCUUUGAUACCCCAAACAGGAUGCCGGAGAUACGAUGGCAAUGGAUAAGGAGCGUAUUCGAACAUUCAGUAAUCCCCAGUGAAAGUACUCUGCUUGCCGAGAUAGGCUCAUUGAGCUUAGAGUUUACUCGGCUUUCGCAAAUUACACGCGAUCCCAAAUACUUUGAUGCUGUUCAGCGAAUUACAGACACCCUACAUCGCACACAAAGCCAGACUAGACUGCCGGGUCUGUGGCCGCUCUCGUUUGACGCCCAAGCAUUGAAGUUCUCAAACAACUACUUUACCGUUGGUGGUAUGGCUGACUCCACUUACGAAUACCUUGUCAAAGAGUAUUUACUACUUGGAGCACAAUCGGACCAAUAUCGUGAAAUGUAUAUCUCCGCAAUGGAAGGGAUCAAAAAGCAUAUACUCUUCCAUGGCAUGACGAAAGAUAAGGAAGAUAUCUUGUUCGCUGGAAAUGUCCGUUUUGAUUCAAAGUCAGGCCAAGAAAUCUUUGAGUAUCAAACUGAGCAUCUGAAGUGCUUCCUCGGGGGUAUGGUAGCGCUCGGCAGCCGAGCAUUUGGGCGCUCAGAUGACUUGCCCAUUGCACAGAAAUUGGUGAAUGGCUGUAUCUGGGCAUAUGACCUCAUGCCAACUGGAAUUAUGCCUGAGACCUUAUACAUCAGCGGUUGCCGGAAUUAUGACCGUUGUGAAUGGGAGGAAGAAAAAUGGAUCCGUGAUAUUUUCGGAUGGCCAGACGGAGAGCCACUGCCUACGAAUGUCCGGGAGGCUACACAGCUUAUUAUUCAGCACCAUAGGCUUCAACCGCCAAUACUGGAAGUCGCUAAUCCAGGAUAUUUUCUGAGACCUGAAGCAAUCGAGUCCAUGUUUAUUAUGUACCGAAUUACUGGCGACAGGUCACUGCAAGAUGCCGCCUGGAGAAUAUUCCAGAACAUCAAGAAGUACACCAAAGUUGAAUAUGGCUAUGCUGCGCUCAAUGAUACCCGCGACAUAAGGACGGCAAGAUUGGAUGUUAUGGAAAGCUUCUGGCUUGCAGAGACAUUGAAAUACUUUUACCUCAUUUUCUCGGACCCAGAACUGAUCAGCUUGGAUGAUUAUGUCUUUAAUACUGAAGGCCAUCCGUUCAAGUAUUGA